UGUAAAAUGGCAUCAGCCGGGUGAGAUCCAGAAGCUCUGGCUGCACCAGGAACAGUUUGUCGUGCUCCAAUCGUCCGGCUCGUCAGCAGCAGACGAGCUGAGUGGAACCAGCUCGGACCACAGUCUAAAAGAGGAUGUCAAUGAAUCCCUGGCCUCCCUCAGCCACGAACCAGAAGACUCCAGUUCCUCUGCAUGUCCUCAGGCCUCUUGGUGGCGUCAGAGCAGUUCCUCCCGACCACAGCUUCCUGUUCAUGAAGCUGGACUUUUUAUCAAUCAGUUUAAUUGUUUAAUGAAAGUGUCUUUUAUGUCAACGUGUAUUUUAAAUGCUGUUUAUAGAACUUUCUGCACAUGGACACAUUUUUCUCAUCCUAUUGUUAUUGUUGAUUAUUAAUGAAUUUGAAUUAAUAAUGUUGUCACGUGAUCUGCAGGGAGUGCGCUGCUCUGCGGGACGUCAUGUGACGUCACAGGACGGAGUCAGACAAAAGAGAAGAUUUUGAUGCCCCAGGAUGCAUCGCGCUCAGUCAGUGCUGAGCAGACACGAGGGAGGAUGCACGCGACAAAGACAUCAUGCACGAGCUUCCAGUGACCGACACAGUUUCCCUGAUGAACAAUGAGAGUUCGUUGGUGAAGUGUGAGCUGCCAUACGAUGACGGCCGUCUGCCACUGGUGCUGCUGUACAGCGUGGUGUUGGUGGUCGGACUGCCUGCGAACCUGCUGACCCUCUACCUCACCUGGCUGCAGGUGUGCAGGAAGAACGUGUUGGGUGUUUACCUGUGGAGCCUGUCGCUGUGUGACCUCACCUACCUGCUCACGCUGCCUCUGUGGGCGCACUAUGUGAGCCGAGGUCACGUGUGGCCGUGGAGUUCAGCCAUGUGUAAGCUAACGGGCUACAUCUUCUUCAACAACAUGUACAUCAGCAUCUUCCUGCUCUGCUGCAUCUCCUGCGACCGCUACGUGGCCGUGGUCUACAGUGUGGAGUCCCGAGGUCUGCGGAGGCAGCGCCUCGCCGUGCUCAUCGCCCUCGCCAUCGUCCUGCUGGUCGCAGUCGGACACCUUCCUGUCUUCACCAUGAGUGAGGGCGACGCUGCUGAGGGAGACCAGCGCUGCUUCGAGCCCAGUCAGAGCAGUGCGACCGUGAUGUGCUUCAACUAUGCGCGCUUCAUAGUCGGCUUCUUGAUCCCACUGUUGCUGCUGAUGGCGACGAACCGUGGCAUCCUGGUCAACGUGCAGCGCAGCACGGGGCUGCGGCGGGAGCAGAAAGAGCGGGUCCGCUGGUUGGCAUUGGCGGUGGUCAUCCUGUUCCUGGUCUGCUUCACCCCGUACCAUCUAAUUCUGCUGGUCAGGGCUGUCAUGUUCCACUUCACUCAGCCGCAAGACGUCACCUGUCUGUUCGAGGAGACCAUGUACACCCCCUACACCAUCUCCCUCGGCCUCUCCACCGUCAACAGCGCCAUCAACCCCAUCCUCUACGUCCUGUCCAGUGAAAACAUCCGCAAAGAGCUGAGCCGAGGCCUCGUGCAGGUCUGUGACCAAGCUCGUCUGAGACCAAGAUCCGACAGCAGCCAGAUCCAGAUCCAGUCCAACAAGAACUUGUCAGAGCUGAAUGCAGCAACCGAGGAGCAACAAGGAGGAAGACCUCCGGGUUCCUAACAGAACCUUCCUGGUCCCUUCUGGACUCUACUGGUCCCUUCUGGACUCUACUGGUCCCUAAAACAGUUGUGGAUCUAAUCUUGUACGGUUUGUUCUGACGGUGUUCAUCCUCGGGAGAUCAGGAACUUUAAAAUCUUUUGUUUUCUUUUUGUAAUCAGACGAUUUAAUUAAAACAGUAAAUUAUUAUUAUAGUGA